GUCGGCGCAGUGAGGUCCACGUGGUUGAAAAGCAGUCACUAAGUAUCUGAUUGAAAUGGAGGACACGGAGAGGCAUAUCAGAAUUUGCUCGCUUUUUACAUUCAGAUAGCUAGGUGCAUUAGCCACGUUUUAUAUUAUUGGAUUCAUUAUAUUAUUUUGUUAAACUUCAACUGCCAGUAUGGGAAAGUCUAAGGUAAGCAGUUAAGAAGUUGUUGGCUAACGUUAGCUAGCUAAUGGUUUCUAACUAAAGUUAGGUUAGCUAGCUAGCUAUUGACACGAUUCAUAUUAUUGUAAACUGAAUAUACUGGUAACUAUAUUGAACAUUGUCUCAUCAGCAUGUGGAUGUUUAGCUAGGUGAAUGAAAAUGAUGUUAUGAGAAUAUAUGAACAAUGAUUAAAAUAUUUGUAACUGAUUACAUCCACAACGGCUACAGUACCCGCGUUAGCUCGUAACAUAGGGAAGUAUCUUGGCCAGCUAAACUAACGUGUUAAUUCAAUUUCAGACCAAAAACCAGAAGAAAUCACGUUUGAGUGCGAACCAUGUGGCGGAAGAGGUGUUCGGUGCGGUCCCUCACUCCUUCGUGUUUCACCGUGGGCAAGUCGGCAAGAAUGUCGGUCAACUCGUGGAGGACAUGCGGCGCGUCAUGGAGCCCUUCACUGCAGAAUCCCUUAAGGUCCGUUUGUUCAUGUCAUGAAACUCUAAACUGGUCUUUAUAACUGACUUGAAUCAAAGAAAAUUUACUUCAAGCCACAUUUGUUACUUAAUAUAUUUUGUGAAUUUAUAGAACGAUUCAUAAUUCUGUAAUCUUGCACUUUCAACCACUGCUCUGAGUACAUUUUACAUUUUAGUCAUUUAGCAGGCGCUCUUAUCCAGAGCGAACUUACAGUUAGUGAGUUUUAUUUUUUCAUACUGGCCCCCCGUGGGAAUCGAACCCACAACCCUGGCGUUGCAAACGCCAUGCUCUACCAACUGAGCUACAUCCCUGCUGGCCAUUCCCUCCCCUACCCUGGACGACACUGGGCCAAUUGUGCGCCGCCCCAUGGGUCUCCCGGUCACGGCCAGCUACGACAGAGCCUGGAUUCGAACCAGGAUCUCUAGUGGCACAAGUGGCCUUAGACCACUGCGCCACAAGUGCAUCUUGUGCUCAUAAUGGAUUGCAUUUGAGGUCUUGCUUGCGUGUGAUUGACAGGUGAGGAAGAAGAAUGUGCUGAAGGACUUUGUGGCUGUAGCAGGACCACUGGGAGUGACACACUUCAUGAUCUUCACCAAGACGCCCAGCAGUAUCAACAUGGUAAAUAAGUCUGCAAACACCAGGGGUGUAUUCAUUACUGAAACCGUUUCACUGUUAACUGUUUUUAAGAACCAAACUUAAGUAAACAACUCUUGUUUUUGUUGUCAAAACGUUUUAUGUUUGGAUUAAACAAUUUAUUUAGCAACAGAAGAACGUUUUGCAACAUAAUCUGUGUAAUGAAUACACCCCUGUUGCGUUACUGUACCAUGAGGUGCUUUAACAGUAGACAGUCCCUAUUUUUACAGCUGCUCUCUAAACCCUUGGCCUUUCAAAGGCAAGCAAAGGGAAUAUCUUUAUGAUUUAUCGCUAUUGAUCAAUGAAGUAUAUGCUGUGUCAGCCACCUCCUUAGUUAUUCCAAUUGCUGAUGCAGAUGAUGAGUUAUGAGAAUAUCUGAAUUCAUGAUUAAGAUGUUUUAUCACUGAUGCAUCAAUAUCUACAGUUGGGCUGUUUACUAGAUCCUAAUGGCAAAUGAGCGACUGUUUUAAAUAUUUUUUUUUCUCAUUCCAGAGGCUUGCUCGGCUACCCAAAGGCCCUAUGCUCCAUUUCCGGGUGACCAAAGUGAGUACACAAACCCAUAUGAUUUAAUGUUAUUUAUUUUUACUUUUAUUUAACCAGGUAAGCCAGUUGAGAACAAGUUCUCAUUUACAACUGCGACCUGGCCAAGAUAAAGCAAAGCAGUGCGAUUAAAAACAACACAGAGUUACAUAUGGGGUAAAACAAAACAUAAAGUCAAAAAUACAACAGAAAAUAUAUAUACAGUGUGUGCAAAUGUAGCAAGUUAUGGAGGUAAGGCAAUAAAUAGGCCAUAGUGCAUAAUAAUUACAAUUAGUAAUAACACUGGAAUGAUAGAUGUGCAAGAGAUGAUGUGCAAAUAGAGAUACUGGGGUGCAAAUGAGCAAAAUAAAUAACAAUAUGGGGGUGAGGUAGUUGGGUGGGCUAAUUUCAGAUGGGCUGUGUACAGGUGCAGUGAUCGGUAAGGCGCUCUGACAACUGAUGCUUAAAGUUAGUGAGGGAGAUAAGUCUCCAGCUUCAGAGAUUUUUGCAGUUCGUUCCAGUCAUUGGCAGCAGAGAACUGGAAGGAAUGGCGGCCAAAGGAGGUGUUGGCUUUGGGGAUGACCAGUGAGAUAUACCUGCUGGAGUGCAUACUAUGAGUGUGGUGUUGCUAUGGUGACCAAUGAGCUAAGAUAAGGUGAGGAUUUGCCUAGUAGUGAUUUAUAGAUGGCCUGGAGCCAGUGGGUUUGGCGACGAAUAUGUAGUGAGGACCAGCCAACAAGAGCGUACAGGUCACAGUGGUGGGUAGUAUAUGGGGCUUUGGUGACAAAACGGAUGGCACUGUGAUAGAGUACAUCCAAUUUGCUGAGUAGAGUGUUGGAGGCUAUUUUGUAAAUGACAUAGCCGAAGUCAAGGAUCGGUAGGAUAGUCAGUUUUACGAGGGCAUGUUUGGCAGCAUGAGUGAAGGAGGCUUUGUUGCGAAAUAGGGAGCUGAUUCUAGAUUUAACUUUGGAUUGGAGAUGCUUAAUGUGAGUCUGGAAGGAGAGUUUACAGUCUAACCAGACACCUAGGUAUUUGUAGUUGGCAUGGGCAAGUUGCAGCGGAGGGUGCAGAGCUGGUGGCCGGGGUAGCCAGGUGGAAAGCAUGGCCAGCCGUAGCAAAGUGCUUGUUGAAAUUCUCGAUUAUUGUAGAUUUAUCGGUGGUGAUAGUGUUUCCUAGCCUCAGUGCAGUGGGCAGCUGGGAGGAGGUGCUCUUAUUCUCCAUGGACUUUAGUGUCCCAAAACUUUUUGGAGUUAGUGCUACAGGAUGCACAUUUCUGUUUGAAAAAGCUAGCCUUUGCUUUCCUAACUGCUUGUGUAUAUUGGUUCAUAACUUCCCUGAAAAGUUGCAUAUCGCGGGGGCUAUUCGAUGCUAAUGCAGUACGCCACAGGAUGUUUUUGUGCUGGUCAAGGGCCGUCAAGUCUGAGGAGAACCAGGGGCUAUAUCUGUUCUUAGUUCUGUAUUUUUUGAAUGGGGCAUGUUUAUUUAAGAUUGAGAGGAAAUUACUUUUAAAGAACAACCAGGCAUCCUCUACUGAUGGAAUGAGAUCGAUAUCCAUCCAGGAUACCUGGGCCAGGUCAAUUAGGAAGGCCUGCUCACUAAAGUGUUUUAGGGAGCGUUUGACAGUGAUGAGGGGUGGUCGUUUGACCGCGGACCCGUUACGGACGCAGGCAAUAAGGCAGUGAUCACUGAGAUCCUGGUUGAAGACAGCGGAGGUGUAUUUAGAGGGUAAGUUAGUCAGGAUGAUAUCUAUGAGGGUGCCCAUGUUUAUGGAUUUAGGGUUGUACCUGGUAGGUUCCUUGAUAAUUUGUGUGAGAUUGAGGGCACCUAGUUUGGAUUGUAGGAUGGCCGGGGUGUUAAGCAUAUCCCAGUUUAGGUCACCAAGUAGUACGAACUCUGAGGAUAGAUGGAGGGCAAUCAAUUCACAUAUGGUGUCCAGGGCACAGUUGGGGGCUGAGGGGUGUCUGUAGCAAGCGGCAACAGUGAGACUUAUUUCUGGAAAGGUGGAUUUUUAGAAGUAGGAGCUCAAACUGUUUGGGCAUAGACCUGGAUAGUAUGAUAGAGCUCUGCAGGCUAUCUCUACAAUAGAUUGCAACUCCACCCCCUUUGGCAGUUCUAUCUAGAUGGAAAAUGUUGUAGUUGGGGAUGGACAUUUCUGAAUUUUUGGUGGCCUUCCUUAGCCAGGAUUCAGACACUGCUAGAACAUCAGGGUUGGCGGAGUGUGCUAACGCAGUGAAUAACUCAAACUUAGGAAGGAGUUUGGUCUGAUGUUAACGUGCAGAAAACCAAGGCUUUUACGGUUACAUAAGUCAACAAAUGAUAGCUCCUGGGGAGUAGGAGUGAUACUGGGGGCUGCAGGGGUUAGCCACUACAUCACCAGAGGAACAGAGGAGGACUAGAAUAAGGAUACGGCUAAAGGCUUUAAGAACUGGUCUUCUAGUGCGUUGGGUACAGAGAAUAAAGGGGGCAGAUUUCCGGGCGUUGUAGAAUAGAUUCAGGGCAAUAUGUACAGACAAGGAUAUGGAAGGAUAUGAGUACAGUGAAGGUAAACCUAAGCGUUGGGUAACAAUGAAAGCGAGAGCAUCACUGGAGGCACCGAUUGAGCCGGUCUCUGCGUGUAUGGGGGGUGGAACAAAGGAGCUAUUUGAGGCAGUUUGAGAGGGACUUGGGGUUCUACAGUGAAAUUGUAUAAUAAGAACUAACUGGAACAGCAAUAGGCAAGGCAUAUUGACAUGGGAGAGAGGCAUAAAGCAAUCACAGGUGUUAUUAGAGAGAGCUAAGACAACAAUUGGUAAUGGCGAUGAAUGUUUGGGCUGAGGCUAAACAGAUAAACAAGACAGAGUACUGUGUAAAGGAACAGUCCAGCAGGCAUCAGCUGUGCAGCUGAGUGAUCAUAAGGUCCAGUGAACAGCAAUAUGUGAGUCCGAGGGCAGUUCGAAUUGGUGCUACAGCACAGCGAGCAGGAAGCACGGCUGUUGUUUGCGUGUGCUAGCGGGCCGGGGCUAGCAGAUGGAUCUUCGUGGCCUUAGCAACGGGAAGCCUGUUGAAACCACAGACGAUUACGUCGGCAGAUCAGUCGUGAUGGAUCGGCGGGGCUCCGUGUCGACUCUAGGAGGUACCGUCCGGUUGACAGAGAGGUAGAUAGCCGGGAGAUGUGCCUGACUCGAGGCUAGCUCAAGGCUGAUUAGCCAACAACAACAUCCAUUUGGUUGCAGCUAGCUAGUUGCGAUGAUCCGGUGUUAAAGGUCCAGUGAUUCCGGCAGAAAAUCCGAUAUGUUCUGGGUCGAUAACGUGCUGUGCAGACUGGCCGAUAAUAGUCCAGGCAAGAGCUGGCUGGUAGGUAGUGCAGGCCACGGACAAUGGUGAAAAACCGCUAACGGUGGCUAAUAGCAAGUAGCUAGUUAGCUGGCUACUCCUGUCCGGUAGACAAAGAGGUAGAUAGCCGGGAUAUGGGCCUGGCUCGAGGCUAGCUCAAGGACUAACUGGUGCUUGCUUCGGGGGCAGUGGUGAUUAGCCUACAGCAACAUCCAUUCGGUUGCGGCUAGCUAGUUGCGAUCCGGUGUUAAGGUCCAGUGAUUCAGUUAUUCCGGCAGAAAAUCUGACGUUCUGGGUGAAAACUGCUAACGGUGGCUAAUAGCAAGUAGCUAGUUAGCUGGCUAGCUAGUUUCAACUGGAGAUUCUAGAUAAAGGUGAGUAAAUAAUAGAAUCCGUUCCACAUUGAGUGAGGCGGGUUGCAGGAAAGUAUAUUUAGUAGAAGGAUGAAAAGUGUGAUAGGGAAAUAUAUACGUAAAAAUACAAAAAACAGGCUAUUUACACGGACACACAACAGAGAACAUGACCGCACUGCUACGCCAUCUUGGAAUCAGAUGGGAAAUGGGCUCAAAGGAUGACAGAUUUCGACAUGACUGUUGAAAUGAUAUAUGUUCAAAGUAAACGCACUGAUGAGCCCCAAUACUAGAAACAAGCAAAUAUAUGGUUUAGGGCUUCAAUUGCUUUUCCUGAAUAUGUUCUUUCUCGUUUUCAGUACUCCCUUAUUAAAGAUGUGGUCUCGUCGCUGAAGAGGCACAGAAUGCAUGAACAGCAGUUCACGCAUCAUCCACUGCUGGUCCUCAAUAACUUUGGCUCAGAGGGCAUGCAUGUCAAACUUAUGGCCACCAUGUUCCAAAACAUGUUCCCUUCCAUCAAUGUGCACAAGGUAUGUCAAAGGUACCAGUACAUGGCAUUUUGCUGGUUUGAGGAUUUGUGAAAUAUGAUUAUCUGUGACGAUCACUCAAAAGUAAACGCUUUCUGAUAUCCCACAAUCCUUUUAUCCUUUAGUAUUAUAUUGAAGAGAAUCAGGUUAGUAUACAUUUUAACAGAUUUGCCUCUUGUAGGUAGCCCUCAACGCUAUAAAGAGAUGUGUUUUGCUGAACUACGAUCCAGUGUCUCAAGAAAUUGAAUUUCGCCAUUAGUAAGUAUACAAGAUGUUAUGCACUCGUUUUAAUUCAAGGUGGCUUGGUUAAUCUAUAGGAAGAAUGCUUGGGCUCAGAGGAUGACAGAUUCCGAAUUGACUGUUUAGUGAUGUAUAUUCAAAGUAAACGCACUGAUGCGCCCAUCAUGCAGAAACCCCACCCCCCUGUAGCUGACUAAAUGGAUCAGUCCACACUCAUCCUUGACCUUGUCCUUCUCCCUUGCCCUCUCUGCAGCAGCCUGAAAGUAGUCCCUGUGGGCAUGAGUAGAGGAGUGAAGAAGCUGAUGCAGGAAAAGUUCCCCAACAUGAGCAAGUUUGAGGACAUCAGUGAACUGCUGAUGAAGUAAGAGCCCUGGCUGUUGUUGUCCUAGCAGACGGCAGAGUAUCUCCUGCUGUACUUGAGGCUGGUCUAUCUGCAUAUGUUUGGGUUCUCAAUAUUGCUUAGAUUUGUAGCUGUUUCUAAUGUUUCAUAAUGUUAUUUGGGUGAUAAUACCAUGUCUAUGUUGGCUGCGAAGUGAUCUACCUACCAAGUCAUUCUGAGGCACCCUACUGUGUAGUGCAUGGUUGUUUACAUUUGGCCAGCUGUUAUGUGCUUUCUUACCCUGCUAACUUUCUUUCAGAGGGGCUAACCUUUCAGAAAGUGAAGCCGAGCAAGAUGGUGAUCACAACAUAACGGAACUGCCACAGAUCUACUCCGGGCGUGGUAACAUGGAGUCUCAACAGAGCGCUGUGAGACUGACUGAGGUGAUUACCAUGGUGCCUUAGAGUGGCUGAUCUUACUGAUAUUACAUUGUAACCAGUGUUUCAAUAGAAUUGUCUAUGCCUGUGUUGGCAGUGACUAUAAAUACUAGGUUUAUAGCAUCAGUUUGUCUUGUCAUUUUCUGUCCAUGGGAUGUACAUGAUGAAAAGACAACUAUGAUUACCUGUGAUAUUUCACAAAAGUAAACGCUUACUGACACAUCCUGACAGAGGUUAUCAACAUGGUGCCUUCAGCAGUUGAUCCUACUGAUGUGACAUUGUAACCAGUUUCUGGUAAGUUUUUACAGCAUCGGUUUGUUUUCUCUUCAGAUUGGCCCACGCAUCACCAUGCAGCUGGUGAAGAUCGAGGAGGGAAUGGGAGAGGGGAACAUACUCUACCAUGCAGUCAGUAAGUACACCUGUCAGUUUCCUGUUGAUUUAGCUGUCCAUGGGAUGUACAUGAUGAAAAGAUAACUGAUUACCUGUAAUAUUUCAACAACAAAAAUAAACGCUUACUGACACAUCCACCGAGAAUGGGUGUUUCUGUUGGUUGGUCAUGGUAAAAUGCUGAUGCAGGCCCUCUGAAUGUAUUUUCUGAAGUCGCCAAGACUGAGGAAGAGCUUCAGGAGAUCCUGAUCCGAAAAGAGGCGCAGAUGAAAGAAAAGCAGGAACGGAAGAAAAAACAAGAGCAGGAUGUUGCCCAAAAGAAAGCGUUACGGGAGGAGAACAAGUGAGUGUUAUAGCACAUUGUAACUGCUUUUCAGUCCACAUGAGUUGGAGUGGAACAGUGAUAUUUGUUUCUGUAAUGUCAGAAAAAGAAGCAUGGCAGGCAUCAAGAGGAAGCGCCAGGAGGAGGAAGAGCAUGACCCUGAAGUGGAGGAUCCUGGGAACCAGGAUAACAGGCCUCCGGUUGUUGAAUCUGACGACGAGGCAGAGUACUACAGACAGGCUGUAGGGGAGGAGCCAGAUGAAGGUAUGUACUCUUUAAGUACUGAACCAAGUUUCUAUAGUUUGUUUUGUUGUACUAUAUUAUUGUGCUACUUUGGCAGACAAUCACCUUCUAUAUUAAUUUUUCUCCCUCCCCCAUCUAGAUAUGUUCCCUGCAGCCAAGAGGAGGCAAAGACCUGAAAGGCCCUCAGGCGGACCCUUCAAGAAGAGGAAACCGUUCUCUGGUGACGACAGUAAAAUCAAAUAUGGUUCCAAGUCACCUCAUAGGUCUGGUCCAAGAGGGAAACCCAGAGACCGAAUGGGGGGUGACGGGGACAGGAAAGAGGGAAAGAAAUUUGGGGGUGGAGGCAAAUCUUUUGGAAAGAUGUCACCGGGGGGCAAGAGGUUUGGAGGGAAGACAUUUGGGGAUGGGGACAAGCGGUUUGGAGCGAAAAAAUUCGGUGACGGAGAUAAGAGAUUUGGAGGGAAGAAGUUUGAGAGGGGAAAGAAAUUUGGGGGUGAUGGGGGUUCUAAGUUUAAGGGCAAACCUCGUCAUAGUGGUUUGAAGAAGGGUCCUGGAGGGGCGAAGGGGGGCUUCAAACAGAGGAAGGGGAAGAGCUGAGCUUCACAACCCUCUGAAAGCCUGGACUGAUGAAUGCUGAGCGCACUACUGUGGUAGAACACCACGUGGCAGUAUGGACUCACUAUUGUGGUCACUGAUCAACAUGAACAGAGGAAUGUAUUAAUUCAUGAAAGGACAUUGGUAUUGCAACAAGUCAGCGGGAGGACUGGAUGAAAAUGCAAUGAUGUAGUUUUGUUCCUUGUGAAGAUGUUUUAUAAAAAAUGUAUAAGCAUUGGCAAAUAAAUUGCUGAAUGCAAAGUACAGCUCAAUUGUCUUCCCUUUUUUUCUUGGGGCUGACUCACAUGUAGC